AUGAUUCCCAUAUCUGAUGGUUUUAUGUUCUUUCCCCCACUGCGUCGAGUCUUUUUCAGAUUCAGGUCGUUGUCAAGCAGAUUUGCUAGACUUCAAGGUAUCAAAUGUGCUAUUGCAGGUAAAAAUCUUUACAUUAGAUUUAGCUGCAGCACAGGCGAUGCCAUGGGGAUGAACAUGGUUUCUAAGGGUGUUCAGAAUGUACUAGACUUCCUUCAAAAUGAUUUUCCUGAUAUGGAUGUUAUUGGCAUUUCUGGGAAUUUUUGUUCUGAUAAGAAACCUGCUGCUGUCAAUUGGAUUGAAGGGCGUGGAAAGUCAGUUGUCUGCGAGGCUAUUAUUACUCGAGAUGUGGUGUCGAAGGAUCCGGCGCAAAAAAUUGAAAGUUCUCACUGCAUCACUAUGACGGAGGCUGUCAACAAUGGGAACGAUCUUCAUAUAUCUGUCACAAUGCCUUCCAUUGAGGUUGGCACUGUUGGAGGUGGAACCCAAUUAGCAUCACAAUCUGCUUGCCUCAACUUGCUUGGGGUAAAAGGUGCAAACAAAGAGUCCCCAGGGUCGAAUUCCCAGCUCCUGGCCACCGUAGUUGCUGGUUCUGUCUUGGCAGGUGAGCUCUCUUUGAUGUCCGCCAUUGCAGCUGGCCAACUUGUCAAAAGUCACAUGAAAUACAACAGAUCGAGCAGGGAUGUGACGAAAAUUGGCUCCUAG